AUGGUUGAGUUUACAGUAGACGUCUGUUUGUUUGAUUUGGAUGGUACAAUUGUGAAUUCCAUUGAGGCUGUCGAAUUAGCAUGGAUUAAAUUGUGUAAGGCCUACAACGUUGAUCAUAUAGAAGUACUGAAGUUUUCUCAUGGUGUCAGAUCAAUAGAUGUGUUGGUGAAGUUUUUCCCUGAUAUCGAUAAUACUGAUAAUGCUGGGGUAAAGUUAUUGGAAUCAUCUAUAGCAACUGAAUUUGCUAACUUGGUUAAACUAAUCCCAGGUUCAAAAGAUCUCUUACUAUCAUUGGAUGUUAAUACAGAUGGUUUAGCAUAUGGUGAACGUAAGUGGGCAAUUGUUACCUCUGGUUCUCCAUACUCUGUCUUUUCCUGGUUUGACAAUAUUCUUAAAGAUGUUAAGAAACCAGAUAUUUUUAUUACUGGGUUUGACGUAAAGGCUGGCAAGCCUGAUCCGGAAGGUUAUGCUUCAGCAAAGGAACAAUUGUGUAAGCUAUGGAAGUUCGAUUCACAAAAAGCAAGAGCAGUUGUAUUUGAAGAUGCACCAGCAGGUGUUAUUGCCGGUAAAGCCAUGGGUGCAACUGUUGUUGGUAUUACUUCUUCUCAUUCCAAGGAGGUAUUAUUUGAAGCAGGUGCUGAUUAUGUGGUUUACGAUCUUACUCAAGUGAGUGUUGUUAAGAAUACUCGUGACGAUGGGAUAACAAUAAAAGUUGUUGAUCCUAUUUCAAAAUACUAA